GUGAUUUAUUUAACUGUCUGUCUCUCUGCGCGUCUCGGUUUCCAACAGGCUCGUUUGGUGGGUAGACUCUCACUGUGCCACUAUGGCCUUCUUCGGUUUAACACACCUGGGUUAUCAAAACCCAAUAGGCGAUAAAAAGAUAGUGAAUCCUACAAGAGCGUCUCAGUCUCAGGAUGCUAGGAUCAACAGCAAAGAAGGACCACCUCCAUCGCUUCAAGAACAACAGGGACCCCUCACAUGUGCAGACAAAUGCAGUGUUUACCAUCAGCCUCUUCCGUACAGCACUGACAUACACCAUGGGAGCCAUGAGCGAUACAAAGAGAUGGUCAAACGGGUUCACACACCCAGAUCUCCCAACCAGCUGUACAUAAUGCCUCUGACGGACAGUCAGCAGUACGGAUGGAUGAUGUCCAAGAGUCCUGCACAAUGGACGCAAGUCAAACGGUUUCCCCGAAAGAACAGUGAGAUGACCAAAUUUGUCAAAGAAAUGUCAGUGACAGACCGGGAGUUCAGUCUUUUCUGAUAGCCCUCCUCGUUUUUCUUCUUCUUCUUCACAUUCACUCACACACAGAUGUAACAGAAGCAGCAUCAGUUUUAAUGAGAAUUUCUGAAAUUAAACUGAUAGCAGAUCUA